ACUAACUCGCGCUGUCUCCUAUAACCAAUCCCGCCUCAGUCUGGUCCUCCAGCAUUAACGACUAGGCUUUCCUGAACCUCUAGUGCAGCAUCUAGCCCCUUAUUCUUGGAAAUUCUGGUAACUGGUCAGCGCUUGCUUGGUUCUCCUAGCGUCGUCGUCAACGCUCAAACGCCUUACCGCCAGUCAAGUGCACGGCCUGGUUGGUUUCCUUCGUCCCAUCCUACUGUCUUCUCGCGUGGCUGGCAGCAGCAGGACUUUUAGUUCCGAGCGCUUUUAAUUCGCGCUUUCUCCUGAGCCAAACUCCCGGUUCUCUCCCUCAGCUUCCGCUCGCAGAGCCUUUGCUCGCGCGUGUCGUUAGUUCUCAUCGCCGUGAGUCGCGCUCUCGUGAGUCUCUAAGCAAUUGCACUGGCCAGCCCCUCCGGGUCUGGUCCGUGCCAUCACAUUGGCCACCACGGCGUUUCCGGCGGGUAACGCGGGUAACCGUUACGCCUUCGCGAGUCAGCUGGAGACCGAGGGAAGGCUGUGCCUGGGUCCCGUUUCCGCGCACGGUGGUCGGGGAGCAUCUCCGUCUGAGGGGGGAAGUCCCUCGGACCUUCUCUUCCUCGCAGGAGGUGGUAGCGUCACUCCCUUAGUAGUUGCGGACUGAACGGCGGUUGUAGGCAUUCUGUGCUCAAAUCGUCGCUACUUAGUCUGCUUAGGGUUCCCUGAGGCAACCUAAGGGAGGGAACCUGCUAGAAAUUGGAAGGGGAAAGGCCGGAGGGAAGGGUCUUACACCUGUGACGCGGCUUGAAUUUCCUGCGAAGAGGUUCGGGGUCACGAUGAUGACGAUUAAGAAGGUUCCGACGGUGGUCUCCCUUAACCAGGAGGAGGACCAGCCCGCGGGCUGCGGUCGCCGCUGUCUCAACACCUGCUGCACCAUCGGUGCUCGCAUGCCUCUGUAUGCGUACGCCAAGCGUCCCUGCACCAAGCCGGAGCGCAUCCAGUCGUACACCGAAUUAGACGGUGGCGGCUUCCAGCCCGGGUUUCUCGGCGCGACGACGAGCUACGCGUCGUACGACGAUCUUCUGUCAAUCCGCGAGUCGUUGUCGUCGUCCGACGACGACUCGCUGUCGUCCGGUGGCGCGAGCGACAUUCACGACGACGACGCCUUCUCGCUUCGCAAGCACAUCACCUCCGAGUGGGAGAAGAAGUUUCAGGAGGGGCUGUUCCGCUAUGACGUGACGGCUUGCGAAUCAAAGGUAAUUGACGGCCCUCUGGGUUUCAUAGCCCAGCUGAACGAGGGCCGGCACUCCAAGAAGCGCCCUACCGAGUUCCGCGUGGACAAGGUGCUGCAGGAGUUCGACGGCUCCAAGUUCAACUUCACCAAGGUCGGCCAGAACGAGAUGCUCUUCCGCUUCGAGGAGGGCAAGGACGAGGAGAGCCGCUUCUACGAGGCUGCUGUUGUGGAGGAGAGCCCCAGCAUCAUGGCCAUCAAUGUGUCUCCCAUCGACUAUGGCCAUGUGCUGCUGGUCCCCCGCGUGCUGGACAAGAUUCCCCAGCGCAUGGAUGAGGCCAGUCUGCUCAUGGCCCUCCGCCUAGCCUCGGAAGUCAACGACCCUGCCUUCAGGAUUGGGUACAACAGCCUCGGCGCGUUCGCCACGAUCAACCACCUGCACUUCCAGGCCUACUUCCUUGACCUACCGUUCGCUAUCGAGCGUGCGGCAUGGAGAGACGUGGCUGUAUCUACCAAUGACUGCAAGGUCGGGGAGCUCACAUAUUACCCUGUGAAGACCAUGGUGUUCCAGGCGGGAUCCUCCCUGGAGCAGAUGGCAUCGGCUGCUGCGGCUGCGUGCUGCAAGCUCCAGGAAGAGAAUAUUCCGUUCAACAUGUUUAUCGUGGAUCGGGGCAUGCGGCUGUUCCUUAUCCCUCAGAGGUAUGCAGAGAGGCAGGCCAAGGGUGAGAUUAGCCAGGAGCUGCUGGACACUCAGGUGAAUCCUGCGGUGUUUGAGAUCUCUGGCCACAUUGUGUGCAAGCGCCGGGAGGAUUACGACAGUGCCACUGAGGCCUGGACCUGGCGCCUCUUGGAGGCAGUGUCCCUCAAUGAUGAGGGAUUUGAUGUUGUGAGGACGAUCUGUGUGAAAGCCUUGGCGGCAUCUGCUGAGGCUAUUGAGAUGGGGAGGGGAGGUGCUGGUGUGAAGGGAAAGGCGGAGUUUGAAAGUGAUGCUGCUGGUGCCUGGGUUGAUUUUGCUGCGGUGAAGGGUGGUGUGGUCCAGCCAGCUCUUCAGCUUGCUUAGACCUGCAUCAUGUGGGUUGGCCAACUUCAGUAAACUACAUUUUUUGCUUGGUUCUUCCAUCCAACUGAAGAAUUAUAUGCAACAUAAAUUGUUCACUAUUUCGAAGUGUGAAAUCUGGCAGGGAAUGCUGCUUGGCAAGCUCCAAUGCAAUUUCGUUGUGGACAGCGGACAGAAUGUGUCAGGCGCGUAUGCAGACCAUUUUGAAAUAUUCACCAACCAUUCUCCGCCACGCAAUGCCACGCCGUGUCGGUCCAAUCAGCCUCAGCAACCGACUGUCCAGGUUCGUUGUUCCUUCUGCAGCUGAAGUCCCGCUUGCUGCCCCCAACA